GAGCCGGGCUGCACGAUGGCCUGCUGCCGGCAGCAAGGGAAGGAUGGUAUCAUAUUUGUGACCAAAGAAGACCAUGACACUCCAAGCAACGCGGAGCUGGUGGCUGACGACCGCAAUGAUGCGUACGAGGAGCACGGACUGAUCCUGCCCAACGGAGACAUCAACUGGAACCGCCCGUGCCUUGGCGGGGGUUGGCCAGCGGCCCUUGCGGGGGAACAGUUCAAGGAGGCCUUUCCCUGCUUACACUACUACGCAGAGGAUGUCAAGGGGUUGGACAGUGUAGACCAGUUCCGGGCCAUGCAGGAGUGCAUGCAGAAGUACCCGGACCUCUAUCCCCAGGAGGAGGAGGAGGAGAAGCCAGUGGAGCCUUUAAAGGAAGCAGCUGUCGCUGAGGCCACCACAACCAAAGAAGAGGAGGGAUCGAGCUAA